AUGCUUGACACCUUUCCUCGCCGGCACAUCGGCCCCGAUGACGCCUCGGCCCAGGAGAUGCUCAAGGUCCUGGAUCCUCCCGUGAAGAAUAUCGAUGACUUCGUCGCCCAGGUCAUUCCGCCUGACAUCCUGUCGACUCGGCAGCUUUUCCCCAAGUCGAGGUAUGAGCAGGAUGUCAAGCCCACCGAGGCGGCUGUCACGGAGGCGCUGCCCGAAUCCGAGGUCCUGAGCAUGGUUGAUGCCCUCCAGAGGGACGAGAUCAAGGUUGGCAAGAGCUUCAUCGGCGCCGGCUACUAUGGCACCCUUGUUCCCGAGGUCAUCAAGCGCAACGUUUUGGAGAACCCGGCCUGGUACACGAGCUACACCCCCUACCAGCCUGAGAUCAGCCAGGGGCGACUGGAGUCUCUGCUGAACUACCAGACCUUGGUGUCCGAUCUCACGGCUUUGCCAAUCUCCAAUGCCAGUCUGUUGGACGAGGGAACUGCGGCUGCAGAGGCUCUGACCCUUUCCAUAAACAGCCUGUCGUCGUCGAGGGCGAAACGGUCAGGCAAGACCUACAUCGUCUCUGAUCAGCUGCACCCUCAGACUUUGGCCGUCAUGGAGGGCCGUGCUGGAGGCUUCGGGGUCAAGAUCGAACAGGCCGAUGUCUUGUCUGAGAAAUUCGCCGGGCGACUGGAGGAGCUCGGCGACGACCUUGUGGGUGUGAUGGUCCAAUACCCUGACACACUGGGCCAGGCCAAGGAUUUCCGACAAUUGGCCGACUCUGUCCACAAGAAGGGAGCCCUCCUUGCUGCGGCUACUGAUCUGCUCGCACUGACCUUGCUCACGCCACCGGGAGAAUGGGGCGCUGACAUCGCCUUUGGCAGCGCCCAGAGGCUGGGCGUUCCCAUGGGCUUCGGUGGUCCACAUGCGGCAUUCUUUGCGGUGACUGAGAAGCACAAGAGGAAGAUGCCAGGUCGUCUCAUUGGAGUAUCCAAGGACCGGCUGGGCGGAAAGGCACUCAGGCUGGCGCUGCAGACUCGUGAGCAGCACAUCCGAAGAGACAAGGCGACCAGCAACGUCUGCACUGCUCAGGCACUGCUCGCCAACAUGAGCGCGUUAUACGCGAUCUACCAUGGGCCCGAGGGUCUGAGGGCCAUUGCCGAGAAGAUAACUAGGGAUGCUCAGCUGGCCAGGGACGUCGCCUCCACCUCCGGCUGGGAGGUGCUCACUGAGGGCCCCAUUUUCGACACAUUUGUGAUUCACAAGCCUGGCCAGAGCGCAGAGUCCGCGGCUGCAGACCUGCUGCGUGAGGCUGAGGAGCGCGGCCUUCAUCUUCGCCGUCUUGAUUCAACCAAGAUCGGCAUCAGCAUCGAUGAGUCCACCACGUAUGACGAGCUUGCUACCUUACUCUCCCUUCUCAGCGGGACAAAGGAUGUAUCGUCUCUCGCCGAGCAGCACUACAACACAGUCGAGAUUCCAGGGGCUUUCAAGCGCCAGUCCGAGUACCUGACUCACCCCAUCUUCAACACGCAUCACUCUGAGACCGAGAUUCUGCGAUACAUCUACCAAUUGCAAUCCAAGGACCUUUCCCUCGUCCACUCCAUGAUCCCCCUGGGAUCUUGUACCAUGAAGCUGAACGGCUCCACAGAGAUGGCCCUCAUCACGAAGCCCGGAUUUUCCAACGUCCACCCCUUCGCCCCCAGGGACACGGUCAAGGGCUACCUGAAGAUGAUCGCAUCCCUCGAGGAUCAGCUCACCAGCAUCACCGCCAUGGACGGCGUCUCGCUGCAGCCCAACUCUGGCGCACAGGGCGAGUUUGCCGGGCUCCGCGCCAUCCGCAAGUACCACGAGUCCAACGGCGACAAGAAGCGCGACAUCUGCUUGAUCCCCGUGUCGGCGCACGGAACCAACCCGGCGUCGGCGGCGAUGGCCGGCAUGCGCGUGGUGCCGAUCAAGUGCGACACCAAGACGGGCAACCUGGACGUGGCGGACCUGCAGGCCAAGUGCGAGCAGCACAAGGACCAGCUGGGCGCCAUAAUGGUCACGUACCCGUCGACGUUCGGCGUGUUCGAGCCGGCGAUCCGCAAGGUGUGCGAGACGGUGCACUCGUACGGCGGACAGGUGUACAUGGACGGCGCCAACAUGAACGCGCAGAUCGGGCUGUGCUCGCCGGGCGAGAUCGGCGCCGACGUGUGCCACCUCAACCUGCACAAGACGUUCUGCAUCCCGCACGGCGGCGGCGGGCCCGGCGUGGGCCCCAUCUGCGUCAAGGAGCACCUGAUCCCGCACCUUGCGCCGACGGGCGUGAUCACGACGCAGUCCAAGGGCCUGAUCAGCAGCGCCCCGUACGGCAGCGCCUCGAUCCUGCCCAUCAGCUGGGCGUACAACAUGCUGAUGGGGUCCGAGGGCCUCAAGAAGGCGACGCAGGUGACGCUGCUCAACGCCAACUACCUGCUCAGCCGGCUGCGGCCGCACUACGAGAUCCUGUACACCAACGAGCACGGGCGGUGCGCGCACGAGUUCAUCCUGGACACGCGGCCGUUCGCUGCGUCGUCGGGCGUCGAGGCCAUCGACAUCGCCAAGCGCCUGCAGGACUACGGCUUCCACGCGCCCACCAUGAGCUGGCCCGUCGCCAACACGCUCAUGAUCGAGCCGACCGAGAGCGAGAGCAAGGAGGAGCUCGACCGCUUCGUCGACGCCCUCGUCAGCAUCAGGGAGGAGAUCCGCGCCGUCGAGGAGGGCCGCAUGCCCCGCGAGGGCAACGUGCUCAAGAUGGCGCCCCACCCGGUCCAGGACAUUGUCGGCGGCGAGUGGGACAGGCCGUACACCCGGGAGCAGGCCGUGUACCCGCUGCCCUGGCUGCGGGAGAAGAAGUUCUGGCCUAGCGUCGGAAGGGUUGAUGAUACCUACGGAGACCUGAACCUGUUCUGCACGUGCCCUCCGGUUGAGGACACCACUGGUGGGUCGGUGCAGUAA